AUGAAAAGUGCCAACCAAAAAACAAGAUGGCUAGAAGAAGUAAAGGACCUCUGGCAAGCAAUAAAAAAGACAAUCAACCACGAACUACAAAGUAACAUCAAUGCUCAAAUCAAAGAAGCCACCCAAAAAAGAAUGGAACAAUACUUGAAAUCCAAAAAGAAGAUGAUUAACAGCAUACUAUUACGAGAGCACAAAACAAUCGAAAUGAACACAAUUGUCAUUAAAGAUCCAGAAACAACCAUUAUCACAGAACCAAAAGAAAUCAAAGAACUGGCAAAAAAGCACUUCAGUCAUUAA